GCCAAGACCACGCAAUCACCGAUAUCUCCGACAGCGCAAGUCACUCCUCUCGAGGCAAGCAUGGCGCGCUGAUACCCAGGAAGCCAACUUGCUCCACCUCGCCAACAAUGGACUACGCAGCACUGCCCCCAGAGAUCCCCGAAGUAACGGUCCUCCUCCUCGGCGACUCCGGGGUAGGAAAGUCGACCUUCUUAUCCCGUCUCUCCCUCGGCAUCCGCCCCUCCACCUCCGAAGACCUCCCACCGUACUCCCUCCCCCCCCUCCGCGACUCCAACCAACCCUUCGCCUUCGACAUAACCCUCUACGCGCGGCCCUACAAGCUGCUCUUCCACGAUACCGCCUCACCAACGCACUACACGCUCCUCCACCCCUCCUUCGUAAUCCUCUGCUACGACAUCUCGUCCCGCCCAUCCCUAACCUCCCUAUCCACAACCUGGCUCCCAAUCGUAAACAGCCACUUCAACCACGACGAGAACCUGCCUGUCAUGGUGCUGGGGCUCAAGCGGGACUUAAGGAGGCAAUGGACGCUCGCGGAGGUUGGGGAGGGGGGGCAAGGCAGGGGCAAGAGUGUGAUGCCGCAUGAGGGCGUGCAGACGGCGCAGAAUAUGCUGUGUGAUCGGUAUGCGGAGUGUAGUGCUGUGACGGGGGAGCUGUGUAGGCAGGUGCUGGAGGAUGUUGCGAGGACGUGUGCGAAGAGUACGACGAAGGAUGGGGCGAAGAGUGAGGGGUUGGGGUGUGUGGUUAUGUAGGGCGGGAUGAGGGGAGCGAUGGCCUUUUUGAUGGCGGCGAUGCUGUUUUUGACGGCGACUCUUGUAGCGCGUUAGACUGCUGUAUAUGGUGCGCUGUAGGGAGCCCGGCACCGUUGGAUUAUCACGUUGAUUCCGGAGGCAGCAAUGCCACAUUCACCGCGAACAUCUGAUCGCUAACCCCAAGCUAUCGAUCGCAAUUGUGCAUGCUUCAGCGCCCAGAUAACGGAGUAGUCGCUUCUCCCGAGAAGCAACACAAAGCCAUCACUCCCCCUCGGCACAUCCAGGAAGAACACACACGACCAG